AUGUCGGGCGUCGACACGGCAGACUCUACGACCAACGCCCUCUCCAACGAUGCGCGACCCGCCUUUGUGACGCCGAGGGACUUGCUCCAGCAGCCCCGGGCGCCCUUGCCCCCAAAAGAGCAACCGCGCCAACUUUCAGCCGUUGACCGCGAGCAACUCGACGGCUUGAGAACCAUCAGAGCUUUCCUCAAGGCCAGAACAAGCUAUGACGUCCUACCCAUAAGCUAUCGCCUCAUCGUAUUCGACACGGCGCUGCUAGUGAAGAAGAGUCUGAAUAUAUUGAACCAGAAUGGAAUCGUCUCAGCGCCGCUAUGGGACUCCAAAUCCUCCACAUUCGCCGGACUCCUCACGACAUCCGACUACAUAAACGUCAUACAAUACUACUGGCAGAACCCAGACGCUUUGGCGCGGGUAGAUCAGUUCCGCCUAAACAGCCUGAGAGAUAUCGAGAAAGCUCUGGGUGUCAAACCCAUAGAAACAAUCUCCAUACACCCCGAUCGACCCGUAUACGAAGCAUGUCGCAAGAUGCUUGAGUCACGCGCGCGCCGCAUACCUAUAGUCGACAGCGAUGACGAGACACGUAGAACAAUGGUCGUCAGCGUCAUCACCCAAUACCGGAUAUUGAAGUUCAUCGCGGUGAACGUCAAGGAGACCCAGAAGCUACGGAAGCCACUGAAGGAGCUGAAUGUUGGCACGUACGAGGAUCUCGCGACUGCAUCCAUGGACACACCGGUUAUGGACGUCAUCCAUAUGCUUGUUAAGAAGAGCAUAUCAAGCGUGCCCAUCUUGGACAGAGCAGGCACCGUGCUAAAUGUCUUUGAGGCUGUAGACGUCAUCACACUUAUCAAGGGCGGCGUAUACGAUGACUUGAACCUGACGGUCGGCGAUGCGUUACUGAAGCGUUCAGACGACUUCCCUGGUAUCUUCACCUGUUCACUGAACGACAACAUGUCAACCAUAUACGACACGAUCCGGAGGUCGCGCGUGCAUCGAUUCGUCGUCAUAGAUGAUAACAAUAAGCUUAAAGGCAUGGUAACCUUGAGCGACGUUCUCGAGCAUACGCUACUCGAAGGCAUGGAGGACGAGUAG